CAAUUUUUGAGUAAGUAAUGUCUCAAGCAUAUCCAGAAACAGCCUCCAAAUUCGAGUAUUUCGAAGAUGUUAUGGAAGAAGUGGGUUGGGGAUUGUACUCUAGAUACAUGAUGGUGGUAGGAUGUUUGCUUUGUUUUGCGCACGCCGGUCAGUCGCUUAGCUUACCAUUAGGAUUACCAUUUUCCACUUGUGAAAGUAACAUAACCGAAAAAGUAAUAAUUAACAUUUACAUGUAUUAUUUUAUCGGAACUUUUCUUGGCGGCCAAAUCAUGAACUCAGCAUCCGAUUAUUUUGGCAGAAAGAAACUGAUAAUGUUCUCACUGGUGUCCUCUUUUUUGUGUCAGUUCACGUGUGCGUUCACGAACAAUCUCGCCCUAAUUUAUUGUGCAACCUUUAUCUUAGGUUCUUGUUUGGAAAAUAUUAUUUGUUCAGUAAAAGUAAUAGUAGCUGAGGUUCUGACUGUUGAGAAAAGACCAUUUUAUAUGGUACUGUUUGAUAUUUGUUGGACCUUUGGAUACACAGUAACUACAGGGUUAUCUACAUUUUUGGUAACUUCACACAAUAAAGAAAAGCAUGGAAUAGAUAUGAAACUAGGAUAUUGGAGGUUAAUAUUUGCUUUCACUGGUGGAUUAACUUUAUUCCUGGCGUGUGUUGCAUCUUUAAUGGAGGAAAGUCCAAGAUAUUUAUUACAUAAUAAAAGACAAUUUUUAGCUGUGGCACUUGUCAAACAGUACUUCACCAUAAACAAAUCUAGAUACAGUGAUUAUCUUCCGAUAAAAGAAAACGACUUACAGAAUCUCAUUGGAGAUUACAACCUAACAUUUUUCCCUGGGCCAAUGUUUUUCGGCGAACAACUAUCCAAGUUCUUAUCCAGAAUGUGCAAAGCUUGGUUACUUUUGACCAAAAAGCGCUUCAUGUCACAGACAUUAAUCUUAGCAAUAUUGAACGUAUCGUUAUUUUAUGGCCUAUUCAACACACAAUCUUUGCUUACAAAUAUGCUGCACAACAACGGCAGUGAAACCUUCCAAGGUGUUUUGGAUUUACAUCUAAUUAGGCCCCAUGAUGAACAAUGCACUUUUAAUGUUGAGUAUGCUAUUUACAAGUAUUUUUUGAUACUUUGUGUUAGCACUUUGUUGGGGAGAAUUGUGUUGCUGUUUUUGGUUACAAGGAUAAACACUAAGAUUCCAAUGUCAAUAUUCUGUGUUUUGUCAAGCGUAUGUUUGUUUCUCACACAAAUACCUCAAAUAUCUGAUAUUCUACUAUUGUUAUGUUGUGUCACGAUUGCUUCCUAUGGAAUGGUUGAAACUCUGCUCAUCAUCAAAACUAUAGAAUUAUUCCCAACAGCAGUUAGAUGUACUGUCGUGGGAGUAACGAGAUUUGCCAAAAUUGCAGUUUUUAUAAUAAUGGUUCAAAACUGGAACUUCCCGUGGAUGUACAUAAUUUUCUUAAAUGCGAUUCUGUUAUUAGGUGGAGCAAUAUUUUCGUGCUUCGUAGAUGAUCUCACCGGUAAGCCAAUGGUGGAAUAAACAGUAGUAAUAUAAAUGACUGUAACCAUAACAUUUGCAUUAAUAAAUUCAACUUCAAAAGUA